AUGUCUCAAGAUCCUAGCAUGCAAACCCUUGUGUUAGGUAUGCCGCCUUAUUCCUCUUCGGCCUCUCAGCUUUUCCCUUCUGCCUUGGCCCCACAACUGAAUGUGACAAGUUUACAGGUUGACAAGAAUCAUGGUGUUAUGAACCGGAAUGAUGAACCGAAUAUUGAUCCUGUGAUACCCGACGGUACAGAGGCUUUCCGAGGAGCGCUCCCUGUCGGGGAAAAGCUCCUAGCGCGACACAUAAACAUUGACCCACUAUGCAAGAGGUGUGGUAAUCUCGAAUCUAUUGACCAUCUCCUUUUCCAAUGUGAGUUUGCUGAGAAGGUGUGGAGAGCAGCUCCUUUUGUUAAUCAAUUUGAUAGGAGAAGGUCACUAGAUUUGAAUACUGACUGGAUGAGGCUGAUUGAGACCCCCUGCCUACCACCAGUGGGCAUUGUAAGUGGACAGCUAGCACCCUGGCUCGUUUGGGCCCUUUGGACAGCACGCAACAAGAUGAUCUUCAACAACAAGCUAUAUACGGUGGAAGACGUAGUCACUCAUGCUGUUUCAGCGGCGAGAGAAUGGUUGAACGCACAAUGCAAGGAAAAAACAAGAGACCCAGUUAUUCGAGUAACCCCACCAAGUUCCCCCAACGUAUGCGUUAUUCAAACUGACGCAGCAUGGAAGGACGAUAUAAAGACUGCGGGACUGGGAUGGAUAAUUAAAACAGCAGGCCAGAGCUCCUGUUUCCAAUCUGCAGUGGGUUUCGUGAACUUGCCGCUUGCGGCGGAAGGCUUAGCCAUGAGGGAAGCAAUCAAAAUGUGCUUAGAGCGGGGGCUUCGAGACAUCAGGUGUGAAUCGGACUCUUCGCAGCUCAUAAAGGCCCUAAAUGCGACGGUGGAACCCCCAGAGUUGUACGGGAUCGUAUCAGAUAUUAGGAUUCGUUGUAAUUUUUUCGACUCUGUUUCUUUUGUAUGGAUUCCGCGGGGAAGGAACUCCAAUGCUGAUCGACUAGCAAAACAGGCUUUAGGCCAUGUAUCGAGUGGUGUAACCACUGUACUCUGA